CCAUUUGAAUCGCAAUUGGACAAGAAUGGUUCUGGUCUAAGAUGGGCGGGCGUUAUAAUGUUAUAAUAAAGUCGCAUUGAUGACAGCAUCCUGGCGAAUAUCCUACAACAACGCUCAGUUGUUCUUGUUUGCACGUGCAAAUAUUGUUCGUCGUCAAGCCCAUAUAGGUAAGCAAGCUCGUUCCGAUAGCUGCGCAAACAUGGCGGCCAUUGGUUAUUUAAAGGGGCCAAUAGCUCGCCUUGUCAUAUCGAAUAUCAUUAGCACGCAGUAUUUAAGCAGGAGCUGAUGCCGCUCGUUUUCUCACCGAGACUCUCCAUUCGAUAUCGCUGAUUGUACGCGACUGCAGUUGCAGCUAGUACAUAAGCAGGAUUCCACUAUUUGCAACUUGUGGACGCAAAUAUUGGAGCUCAAAAGCUGGAGCUACAUACUACGCGCAUAUAUGGGGCUAUAUUUUGAUAUAGCCCUCAUAUAGACCGAUCCGCCGAUUCAGGGUUUUAGGCCCAUAAGAGCCACAUUUAUCAUCCGAUUUUGCUGAAAUUUGGGAUAGUGAGUUGUGAUAGGCCCUUCGACAUCAUUCAUCAAUUGGCCUUGAUCGGUCCAUAUUCGGAUAUAGCUGCCAUACAUGCCGAUCUUUCGAUUUAAGGUUUUGGGCCCAUAAAAGGCGCAUUUAUUAUCCGAUUUAGCCAAAAUUUGGGGCAGUGAGUUGCGUUAGGCCCUUCGACAUCCUUUUUCAAUUUGGCCCAGAUCGCUCCAGAUUUGGAUAUAGCUGCCAUAUAGAUCGAUCUCUCGAUUUAAGGUAUUGGGCUCAUAAAAGGCUCAUUUAUUGUACGAUUUCGCUGAAAUUUAGGCCAGUGAGUUAAGUUAGGCCCCUCGACAUCUUUCUGCCAUAUGGCAUAGAUCGGUACAAAUUUGGAUAUGGCUGCCAUAUAAACCGAUCGCUCGAUUUAAGGCUAUUGGCCCAUAAAAGACGCAUUUAUUGUAGGAUUUCGCGAAAUUUGGGACUGUGAGUUGCGUUAGGCUCUUCGUCAAUUUUCUGCCAUGUGACCCAGAUCGGUCUAGAUUUGCAUAUAGCUGCCAUAUAGACCGAUCUCUCGAUUUAAGGUUUUGGCCCCAUAAAAAACGCAUUUAUUGUUCGAUUUCGCCGAAAUUUGGGACAUUGAGUUGUAUUGGGGCCUUCGACAUCCUUCUUUAAUUUGGCCCUGAUCGGCUCAGAUUUUGAUUUCGAUUUAAAGUAUUUCGAUAUUAGAGCACUCAAUUUCCGUGUAGAAUUCGGCCCAAAUCGGACCAUAAUUCGAUAAAGCUGCUAUGGGGGCAUUAAUUAUGCAUUUUUCACCGGAUUAUGACGAAAUAUGUUUUAUUUAUAUACCAGAAGUGUAUGAGUACAGAGAACAAAUCUAGUGAAUACCCUGAGGAAGGGAAUGAUGGCUCACCUACUCCAGCCGUUAAAAAAUCAAUGACUGUUAAGAAGUUAAGGAAAAAAUCAGUUGAAAUGGAUGAAACAAGGAAAAGUAAAGGCAACAUUUUAGGCACACGUCGCAAAUAUGCCAAAACCAAGACUGAAAUAAGAACGAAUAUAAAUAAGGGCGUCUAUAAAUUAAAAAUGGAUAACACGCGGUCUUGUGCAGUGUGGAGAAUAUUUGCCAUUAUCACCCAUGCCCAUGAUGAUAUGCCCAUUAAAAAUGCCUUUGUCUGUUGCACACGAUGCAAUAAAAUUCUUAAAUACUUUUCUAUUAGCAAUCUAAAGAAGCAUAGCUGCUAUGCGGAAUUGGCAGAACGUUUAGAAGCACAACAAAAGACAGCUAAGGAGAAGGCUCUGGCCCAGCAAUCUAUACUAAAGGAGGGUAAAGUUGGACAUAAUGCUGCAGAAGAUCUCAGAAUACUUGAAAUAGAAACCAAACUGAAUCAAGGCAUUUACAAGGUAAAGCUCCAGAAUACUAGCAAAAAUCCCAUACUAUCCAUAUUUCGCAUGAUAACAACACAACCGGGAAAUUUACCCCUAGAAGGCUAUAUAUGCUGUGAAAAAUGUUACAAAGUAUUCCAGCUGCACACUGAUCAAUUUUGGCAAGAACUCAAGAAACAUUCGUGUUAUUUGAUUUAUAAGAAAUCAUGGAAAUUGCCAAACGAUAUUCAUAUGGAAAUUAAUAACUUGGAAUUAAAACUUACCACCGGGGUCUACGAGUUGGAGACGAAACCCUCUUCAUCGCAGUCGCUGUGGUCCAAACUUGGUUGGCUGUGUAAUGGAGAUGGACAAGCCAUAAAAGGAUUUGUGGCUUGUCGUCAAUGUUUUAAAGUUUUUCUAUUUGAAGAUCUCACUGAGCUGCAGGUUAGGGAACACAAAUGUUUUCAAUCACUCACAUCAUGUUGCCCAGAAUUGCAGGAUUUUCACAACUGGAAGAAAAAAGAAAUGGUAUUAAAACUCAAGGAAAUCAAGAGGGAUAUAACAGAAAAACUCAAUACAGGCUUAUAUGAAUUGCAAAAUAAUCAGGAAUUUGAAAAACCCUUGCAAUCUUUGGUGAAAUCCAUAGCCACCCUAUAUGGUGAUGUGCUAAAGGAUUUUGUGUGCUGCACUCAGUGUAAAAUGUUGCUGGAAUAUCCAAAUCAAGACCAUAAGGAGCAGCUGAAAAAGCAUAAAUGUUGCUUACAAUUAUCCAUAGAACAUCCUGAUAUGUUUGGAGAAGUUAAUGAUGAUGACCACUUCGAGGUUCGAAAUGAAUGCAGCUCUGCGGAUAGUGAUGGUCAUUGUGAAGAAGAACAAGAAUUUUUUGAGACUGACUCUUAUAUUGAGAUAAAACAAGAAAUCACUAAUCCUACAAGGCAAAAUUUGAAAGCUAUGCAGCGUCAAGUAAUUGAAAACAAAAUCAAAUCUCAUAGCUAUAAAUUAGUGUACCAAGAGAAUGAUCCCAGUUGGAUGUGGCAAAUAUACGCUAAGAUACAAAAAGAAGAUGGCAUGUGCUAA